CCAGGUGCCUGGGCCCCGCAGCCCCGCCCCACGUCGCUCCGCCUCGUUGGCCGCGUCCGGCGGGGUCCUGUCCUGCUUCGUCCUGCCGGCGCGCUCGUCGCACCCUCCCCGGCUGAGGCGCUUCCCGUUUCUCCCAGCGCGGCCAUGGCUCAGCAUUUCUCCCUGGCCGCCUGCGACGUGGUGGGCUUCGACCUGGACCACACUCUGUGUCGCUACAACCUGCCCGAGAGCGCCCCGCUCAUUUAUAAUAGUUUUGCUCAGUUCCUAGUUAAGGAGAGAGGGUAUGAUAAGGAAUUGCUCAGUGUGACCCCAGAGGAUUGGGAUUUCUGUUGCAAGGGUUUAGCAUUGGAUCUGGAAGAUGGGAACUUCAUUAAACUUGCAGAUAAUGGCACUGUGCUCAGGGCAAGCCACGGCACCAAGAUGAUGACCCCAGAGGCGCUGGCAGAGGCGUAUGGCAAGGAGGAGUGGAAGCACUUCGUAUCGGACACGGGAAUGACUUGCCGCUCAGGAAAGUACUAUUUUUAUGAUAACUAUUUUGACCUGCCAGGGGCUCUUCUAUGUGCCAGGGUGGUGGACUUACUAACAAAGCAUAACAAUGGUCAAAAAACAUUUGAUUUUUGGAAGGAUAUAAUUGCUGGUAUACAACACAAUUACAAAACGUCAGCUUUUAAGGAAAACUCUGGAAUGUAUUUUCCAGAAAUAAAAAGAGAUCCAGGCAGAUAUUUACACAGUUGUCCCGAAUCUGUUAAAAAGUGGCUUCGACAGCUAAAGAAUGCAGGAAAAAUUCUUUUGUUAAUUACCAGUUCUCACAGUGAUUACUGUAGACUACUCUGCGAAUAUAUCCUUGGGAAUGAUUUUGCAGACCUUUUUGACAUUGUGAUUACAAAUGCAUUGAAGCCCGGUUUCUUCUCCCAUUUACCAAGUCAGAGGCCUUUCCGGACACUCGAGAAUGAUGAGGAGCAGGAGGCGCUGCCAUCUCUGGAAAAACCUGGCUGGUACUCCCAAGGGAACGUUGGCCACCUCUAUGAACUUCUGAAGAAAAUGACUGGCAAACCUGAACCCAAGGUUGUUUAUUUUGGUGACAGCAUGCAUUCAGAUAUUUUCCCAGCCCAUCACUAUAGUAACUGGGAGACAGUCCUCAUACUGGAAGAACUCAGAGGGGACAAAGUUGUAAGGAGUCACAGACCUGAGGAGUCAGAGCCUCUAGAGAAAAAAGGAAAAUAUGAGGGACCAAAGGUAAAGCCUCUAAGUACCUCAUCUAAAAAAUGGGGCUCUUUUUUUAUGGAUUCAGUUUCGGGACUGGAAAAUACAGAAGAUUCCUUGGUUUAUACAUGGUCUUGUAAGAGAAUCAGUACUUACAGCACUAUUGCAAUUCCAAGUAUUGAAGCUAUUGCAGAAUUACCUCUGGACUACAAAUUUACAAGAUUCUCUUCAAGCAAUUCAAAAACUGCUGGCUACUAUCCAAACCCUCCAUUGGUCUUAAUCAAAUGAUGAGACACUGAUAACCAAAUAAAAAUUCUUUACAAUUGAAGUGAAGAACCACAUAUGCAGCAAAUGUACUGUAAAAAGAAAUGUUAAUUUUCAAAAAAUACUGUAAUGCUUUAGUAAAAUCCUUUAUAGAAAUAAGUUUUUAAUGAAACUUGACCAAGAAAUUGAUAUUUGUCCAUAAGUCUCCUUUCUAUAUAAAUCAUUUCGAUGUUUAACAAUUCUCAUUAAAAUUUCAGUAUCCUAGAACU